AUGCAGGAAUUCUAUACUCUUGCAUGGACAACCGUGGAGAUGGCUGGCGGUCAUCACCGAACAAACUUAUUAGCAGCUGCAGGCCGAUUACGUGAAAUUCGCCUCCUCCAUCCAGAGCAACUAGUUUGCUAUGCUGAGAUGAAGGGACAUCGCGAGGACGUUGGCUGCAUGCUCUUUCAUCCUCAGCGGCCUACUAUCUUAUUUUCUGGAGAUGCCAAGGCUUUACAGUGCAAUAUGUUGCUGCUAUUUAUGAUGGCUUCUGUUAUUUGCAUAAUUCAGGCCCAAAUCCUAGUCUGGGACAUUGGCAUUCCCUCUGCACCAGAAUACAGGACUAGACAUCAGCUCCUAAUGCGUCUCGAAUGUCCCCGGCCAAAUCUGAAUCCUGUUCUAAAUCUUGUUUUCUUGCCAAACUAUGAUGCUCUUUUGGCUGGCUGUGAAGAUGGUGUAUUCACCUGGCUACUGAAGGACAUCAAGAAGGAAAAACUCAGUCCUGAGAGGUGA